AUGACAUCCCUUGCGACUUUCCUGACCCUACUUUGUUUCAACCUGGUUUUGAGUGAGGAUCUUCCAAAAUCAGAGCCUUGCGAUGUCCCCGACAAGGCUCAGCUGGAAGACAAGCUGGACAAGCUAAUCCAAAAUCUCCCCAAGGAGCUCGUUUCCAACGAGACAAAAGUGGAAAUUCUGCGAGGCGCCAUCUUUUUGGAAGAAGGAACUCUCUUUGGCCUCCACCUCCUCAAGCGAGACAGGCCCUACAAGACGUUUUGCCGCGGAAACGACACAGUCACCGUGUUCAGCUUGCGUUCCAAGUACCCAGUGCGGAUGCAGGUCCCUUGGAGUCUUUGUUCGGGACACAACGGCACCCUCACAUCUAACGCUCACCUUGUCAGGUUUGAGGGAGAACUUGUGGCAUCGAAGACAGAUUCAGGCACAGAAUAUAGAAUCCAAAAUGUGUUUCCGGUGGUACUGGAGGGCUUGUACUUCGGAAUGAACGGCGGUGGAGAUAUUGUGUAUGCAAUUGCGAGCGCGCUGGGAUUUAUCCUCUCGGGACUCGUCAGAGUACUUUGGGUACAAAUAAUAACACCUUUCGUCCAAGAUGCGUUUCAGCAAGCUCUGAAUGAACUGAAUUAA